CGGGGAAGCCGGGGCGGGGCUGCGCCAGGAAAGGCAAUGGGGCGCGGGGAGGGUAUUCAGGGGCUCGGGCGCUGCGGGCUCCUCCUGCCCCGCCCCGCCCCGCCUCCCCGCCCCGCCCCGCGCCGCCCGCGCCCCGCCGGCCUGCGGCUGAGCCUCCGCAGCGCGAAGAUGGCGACGCGGGCGGGCGGGAGCCCGGCGCUGCGGCGGCUGCUGCGGGGACCCUGCCUGGCCCUGAGCGGAGCCCGGGGAUACUCCAGGGACAACGAGGGCAGCUGGUUCCGCUCACUCUUUGUCCACAAAGUGGAUCCCCGAACAGACGCUCAUUCCACACUCUUGUCGAAGAAAGAAACCAGCAACCUGUACAAGAUCCAGUUUCACAAUGUGAAGCCCGAAUGCCUGGACGCUUACAACAGCCUGACGGAGGAGGUGCUGCCCAAUCUGCACUCGGACACCGAUUACCCGUGUGACCUGGUUGGGAACUGGAACACGUGGUACGGCGAACAGGACCAGGCAGUGCACUUGUGGCGUUUCUCCGGCGGGUACCCGGCACUCAUGGACUGUAUGAACAAAUUGAAACAGAACAAGGAGUACCUGGAGUUCCGCAAGGAGAGGAGUAAAAUGCUGCUGUCUCGCAGGAACCAGUUACUCCUGGAAUUCAGUUUCUGGAAUGAGCCUUUGCCCCGGGUCGGGCCCAACAUCUACGAGCUGAGAACGUACAAGCUAAAGCCAGGGACCAUGAUCGAGUGGGGGAAUAACUGGGCUCGGGCCAUUAAAUACCGUCAGAAAAACCAGGAAGCUGUGGGCGGGUUCUUCUCCCAGAUUGGAGAACUCUACGUGGUUCAUCACCUCUGGGCCUACAAGGACCUACAGUCCCGAGAGGAGACAAGGAACGCUGCCUGGAGGAAGCGAGGCUGGGAUGAGAAUGUGUACUACACAGUCCCCCUGGUUCGGAACAUGGAGUCUCGGAUCAUGAUCCCACUGAAGAUCUCCCCCCUCCAGUGACCCCGCCAGCACAGGAGUCGGCGAACAGACAGGAGUGAGACUCACUGGGGUGUCUCUGCAGUUCCCACGAAGGAAUCUGUCCCUCUUUCUGUCUCUCUGAGUUCGAGGCCAUGCUCUUAGCCCAGGUGCUUCCCUAUUCCCAGGCUGCUCGGCUCUGUCGGGUGCACUGGUGGGACAUGGAUGAAGUUGGCUGAACCAGCACAAGGCUGCCCAUGGUUUCCUAUCUGUGGGUCCCCAGCUCUGUAUGAAUGGGCCAUGGAGACUGAACUCCCCUUUGCCCUAACGCUGUUCUGGGGAGACAUGACUAUAGAGCGCAGCAUAGCUGAGCCGUGCCCCUGUGGUGAGCAGAACAGACACUGAGCUAGCUAGACCAGUGUGUGCUGCUCUCUGGGUGCCAAGGCAAUGUUCAGACAUCUGAAGUUUUAAGCGCCACUCCCCUGCAAGCCAUUCCUCCCGCCACUCGGGGAGGGACUGCUGCUGGUCUCCUUCCCAGCAUGCCACUGGGAGAGACCCUUCAUCAUGCCUGGUUGUGUCUGUUACCAUGACUGUCAGCACAUGGCUAGCUUGGUGUAGGGAGAACUCCACCCCUCCUUCCUUGCCCAGGUUGGAAUUCCAGUUCCUGGCUGUGGUGUCCUGUUCCCAGCGAAUCUUGGCGCUAUCCUUGGGAACAGGAAGUCCUCCAGCCUGCUGAUGGAACCAGGGUGAACCGCCCCACAUCUGCUGAGCCAGGGCCCUCCUUUGUAGGGAGGUGUAUGCUGGAAAGUGGCUGUGGAGCCCAGCACGUCCUUUCCAUUCACGCUUUCACGUAAUGGCACCCAGAUCCAAUUAACUGACCUUACAAGUCCAAAGGCUUUUAUCUAGCAGCUUUCAGCCGAGUUAGGCUGUAUUCGCAAAAAGAAAAGGAGUACUUGUGGCACCUUAGAGACUAACCAAUUUAUAAAAAAAGAAAGGGAGUACUUGUGGCACCUUAGAGACUAACCAAUUUAUUUGAGCAUGAGCUUUCGUGAGCUCUCUAAGGUGCCACAAGUACUCCUUUUCUUUUUGCAAAUACAGACUAACACGGCUGUUACUCUGAAACCUAACCAAUUUAUUUGAGCAUAAGCUUUCAUGAGCUACAGCUCACUUCAUCGGAUGCAUACUGUGGAAAGUAUAGAUCUUUUUAUACACACAAAGCAUGAAAAAAUGGGUGUUUACCACUACAAAAGGUUUUCUCUCCCCCCACCCCACUCUCCUGCUGGUAAUAGCUUAUCUAAAGUGACCACUCUCCUUACAAUGUGUAUGAUAAUCAAGUUGGGCCAUUUCCAGCACAAAUCCAGGUUCCCCCCCGCCACAAACCCACUCUCCUGUUGUGCUGGAAAUGGCCCACCUUGAUUAUCAUACACAUUGUAAGGAGAGUGGUCACUUUAGAUAAGCUAUUACCAGCAGGAGAGUGGGGUGGGGGGAGAGAAAACCUUUUGUAGUGGUAAACACUCAUUUUUUCAUGGUUUGUGUGUAUAAAAAGAUCUUCUAUACUUUCCACAGUAUGCAUCCGAUGAAGUGAGCUGUAGCUCACGAAAACUUAUGCUCAAAUAAAUUGGUUAGUCUCUAAGGUGCCACAAGUCCUCCUUAUCUAGCAGCUGCUGCCCUCUCCUGGCCUGACACCAUGGUACUGGAUGCUGGGAAGGUUCGAUAUACAGGGUGGUGCAUCCUGGUGGCUUUGGUGGGAGCAGAGGGCAUGUAACAGCAGGCAGGAUUAAGUCCUUGGUUCAGAAACUGCAGAUGAAGCAGAGUCCUUCUCCCCCUUCCAUUAUCCCUGUGACUAACUGGGGUUUAGCGAGCACUAGAAGCCAUCUUCCAGAGCGGCAUUGGCUCAGCUGGCGUGAAAAGUACACGCUGGGCUGUGUCAACAGAUCUGCACCUUGCCUACUCUGGCAAACAUAGUGCAUGCAAUACUCCAGCAGCGGGAGCAGGAGCCGUGUAGCCAGGACUUCUGCUGCCUGUGGUCUAGUGCUGUUCAGAAGCCAUGAGCCCUUUCCACGCUACGACUUCUGCUGAGCUGCAGUGGGUGUGAAUGGAGGGGCCAUUUGUCUCUGCACAUGCACAGGCCCAAGGAGCAGAUACAGGAAGUGAGGUGCCAGUUUUAAUCGCUUUUCUUACGCCUUAAGGCCCGAUCUUGCAAUCCAAUCCAUGCACCAAUGCAGAAUGCCCUUGACUUCAGUGGGCCGCCCUGCUAAAUGCAAUCUGAUUGGAGGAUCGGGCCCAUAGCGUUUAGAGAGGAGCCAUGUCUCUUUCUUGAAGACUUACUUUCUUCUUUGUGUGUGCAGCCCUCAGUCACAGGGGUGUUUGUCCCUAUCACUAGUGUGAAGGGGAGAGAGAGAGAGAGGAUAGCCUGAAUGAGUGGAGAGGUGGUCAUCAUUCUACAUGGGCCUUUCUGACAGAGGUCAAUUCCUCCUGUGCAUUAUUUAUCUUACUUAUGACUAAUGGCUAUGUGGCAAAAAACAAAAAAGAUCUGUUUUGUGUGUGAAGCAUUUUCCUUGCGGGAACUUGUGUAUGUCUGAUCGCAAAUGUAACUAAAUAUUUCAUAUGCUA